AUGUCGCAACAGAAGAAGGAUCUUCCCAAGAUCAGGGAUGAGGAGCGCGAGAAGCGCUUCGGUACCAUCUUUGGUAUCUCCGGUCCCGUCGUCGUCGCCGAGAACAUGACAGGUUCGUCGAUGUACGAGCUCGUCCGUGUCGGUCACGACGAGCUGAUCGGAGAGAUCAUCCGAAUCGACGCUGAUAAGGUCACGAUCCAGGUCUACGAGGAGACCUCCGGCGUCUCGGUCGGCGACCCUGUUCUCAGUACCGGCAAGCCUCUGUCCGUCGAGCUCGGUCCUGGUCUUAUGGAGAACAUCUACGACGGUAUCCAGCGUCCUCUCGAAGGCAUCAUGAAGAAGAGCGGUGGUAUCUACAUUCCUCGAGGUAUCGAGACCCAGGCGCUCAACCGUGAGCUUUUGUGGGACUUCACUCCUGGCAAGCUCAAGCAGGGCGACCACAUCAGCGGUGGUGAUAUCUUCGGUUCCGUCUACGAAAACUCGCUGCUCAAGGACCACAAGCUCAUGCUCGGCCCGCGUGCCAUGGGUACCAUCACUCACAUUGCCGAGAAGGGCUCUUACGCAGUUGACGACGUCGUGCUCGAGACCGAGUUCCAGGGCAAGAAGCAGCAGCACACCAUGCUGCAGAUCUGGCCCGUUCGUGCGCCUCGUCCCGUCGCUGAAAAGCUCACCGCCAACAACCCGCUGCUCACGGGUCAACGUAUCCUCGACUCGCUCUUCCCGUGUAUCCAGGGUGGUACGACUGCCAUCCCUGGUGCUUUCGGCUGUGGCAAGACGGUUAUUUCUCAAGCUCUGUCCAAAUAUUCCAACUCGGACAUCAUCACCUACGUCGGAUGCGGAGAGAGAGGAAAUGAGAUGGCUGAAGUGCUCGCCGAAUUCCCCGAGUUGACGCUCACAAGGGACGGCGAAGAGUUCCCCAUCAUGAAGCGUACCACCCUGGUGGCCAACACCUCCAACAUGCCCGUGGCUGCACGUGAGGCUUCCAUCUACACCGGUAUCACGCUCUCCGAAUACUUCCGUGACCAGGGCUACAACGUUGCCAUGAUGGCCGACUCGACCUCGCGAUGGGCCGAGGCGCUUCGUGAGAUCUCGGGUCGUCUUGCAGAGAUGCCCGCCGAUUCCGGUUACCCCGCCUACCUGGGUACCAAGCUCGCCAGUUUCUACGAGCGUGCUGGACGUGUCACCUGUCUCGGUUCGCCGGAGCGUGACGGUUCGAUCUCGAUCGUCGGUGCCGUCUCGCCUCCCGGUGGUGACUUCUCGGACCCAGUCACGUCGGCUACGCUUGGUAUCGUGGGUGCCUUCUGGGGUUUGGAUAAGAAGCUGGCGCAACGCAAGCACUUCCCCUCGGUCAACUGGGAUGUCUCGUACUCCAACUACAUCAACGCGCUCGAGCCGUACUACGAGAAGAAUUGCCCCGGCUUCAUCUCGCUCCGAACCACGGCCAAGAACAUGCUGCAGAAGGACUCGGAUCUGGCCGAGAUCGUGCAGUUGGUCGGCAAGUCGGCCCUCGGUGAAGGUGACAAGGUGACGCUCGACGUGGCCAAGAUCAUGAAGGACGACUACCUCCAACAGAACGGUAUCUCGGAGUACGAUGCCUACUGCCCCUUCUACAAGACGUCGGGCAUGCUCAAGAACAUGGUCGACUUCCACAACCACGCUCAGGCGGCGGUCUCGAACAACCCGGACAUGACGUGGGCCAAGAUCAAGGAGCACUGCUCCGACGUCAUCUACCAGCUCACGCAGCAGAAGUUCGAGAGCCCCAAGGACGGCGAGGAGGCCAUCACCAAGAAGUUUGACAAGCUCAACCAGGAUAUCGCCGAGUCGUUCCGCACUCUGACCGAUUAG